UCGUUUCCGUUGGUUUCCGCCUCGUCACAAAUCGUGACUCGCACUGCGUGUGUUCGCACACGUUUAUCGUUCUUCGGCGAUGUUUCGUGCGACAGCGUGAUUCUUUCCCAAGUUUACGUUAUCGGAUCUCUUCGCGUAAUACGUUGGACGGACGUCUUGCAGAUUAGGUUCGUCUCUUUGCUGAACGAAAUGGAAUCUAUGGAUGCGCGUCUCGUGGCGCAAGCAUUGAACUACCAUGGCCAGCAGUUGCAGAAAGUGUGGGAAGGAGAACGCAACGAAAAUGAGCUAGUCAUGCUCAAUCUUAAGGAUCCUAGCUUUGAGAUUUAUCAACAGCGACAAAAGACUCUUAGCUUUGGAGAUAGAGGCAAACGUCUGAAGCUUCAGCAGUUUCUUACUAAAAAAGCUGACGACUUGUAUGAUAAAGCAAACUUGGAGAAGUCUUCAGAAUGUAUCAAACAGGAACUGGGAGAUGAAGAGUUUUAUGCUACAGUACCAGCACUUGAUACUUUUGUCACCAUGGAAAAGUCGCAACGCAUUCGCAACUUUUUGGAGAGUUUAGUAGUUGGAGAUGUAAUUUUCGCGCAAGUAAUGGGUAAAAGUGCCGCAGGUCUACUUCUAAAGGUGCUUUGUAACUGCAGUGACUGUCCUAGAGUUGUUGGUGAAUUGGGAGUUAAGGCAUUGAUACUAAAUACGGCCACUGUGCCGGCGGUGGACAAGAAAGGUGUUACAAGAGGCUACAUGGCAAAUGAUCUCGUCUGCGUCGUAGUCAGUGAAGUUAACGUUGAAGCCGAGCGAGUUGUUGCAGUUAUGAACGUACCUGCCCGGGAAGGGCAAGCACCACACCCAGCUAUGGGACUUAUCCAUUCCGAUGAUCUUCCAGAAGCCUAUAAGAAAGCGAUGGACAACAAAGGCCAGAGUUAUGAAACGCUGUUGGAGAAUAGUACUGGUUUCAACAAUCCAAACAACAUAAAAUAUCUGUGCGACUUAAUCGGUCUGGGACAAGAGAAUCAUUCCAAUAUGGUUGGAUUGAGAGAGAGAUUUCCGCCAAAUGAAUACGCUUCUGAAUUACGGCAAGCACAAGCGAGCAAGUGGGCAUUCCGAAGUGUCGCUGAGGGUAUAGAUCAUUUCAAAGCCGGUCGUCAUUCCGAAGCCUUCCAAUGCCUCAACAAAGCGCUCACUGUUGAUCCUCGCAACGUUGAAGGUUUAGUUGCUCGAGGAGCAUUAUAUGCAAAUAGCGGAAGCUUCAAGAAGGCGAUUGACGACUUCGAGACAGCCUUGAAAUUAAAUCAAACGCAUGCAAAUGCUCGUAAGUAUAUGGCGGAAACGUUAGUUGCGCUUGGACGCAGUUACGAGGAUGAGAAGAAAUACGAAGAUGCUCAAAAAGCAUGAAAUUGUUUGGCGAUUGCGCCAUAUCAUGAGGAAGCGCGAAAUUCAAUUGAGUAUAUAAAAUCUAAGACUCUCACUGCAUCGCUGAAUCCUUUGGAUACAUUUAAGAGCUUCGAAGCUGAGAAUGAUGCUGCAGAAAAUAAAAAAGAUAAAAAGAAACGCAAAAAGGAAAGAAAAUCUAGAUCAAAGAAAAGACAGAGAUGGAGCUCCAGUUCGAGCUCUUCGUCCAGUGGAUCUUCGAGCUCUUCGAGCUCAGAUUCGAGUAGCUCAUCGUCAUCCGGAAGUUCACGAUCGGCCUCUCGUUCGCCAAGUCGUAAACGCAAACAUAAGAAAGAUCAUCGCAGUUCACUUUCUCCACUUAGUAAGCGGAUGGCUCAAUACAAUAAUCCUCCUGCUGCAGCUGCUACCACACACGAUACUAUCCCACCAGCUUCAUACACUACAAAUAGGAAUGAGAAAAUGGAUGAUUACGAAAUCAAAGUCCGCAAGUUUCUUGAGCAAACCAAGGACGAUUCUGAUUACGAAGAUAAGGUAAGGAAGUUCUUAGAAGAGACAGCAAGAUGGAAGAGAGAAAGAGAAAAGGAAAAGAAACAUUCCGAGAGCGAAAAGAAAGAAAAAAAGAAGAAAGAGAAGAAGGGAAAAGAUAAAGAAAAGGAGGACAAGAAGAGUCGAAAGAAGAAGAAGAAAGAAGAACGGAAAAAGCGUAAAAAUAAGGACAAACUUGAACGAGAUUUAGAAGCGUUGAAAAAAUCGUCUUUGCCGGACUUAGAACAAUUAGAGUCCAAGCUUAAUGCUUAUUAUGCAAAAGUUGAAAAAGAUUGUGCGGCACUUAAAAGGUAUGUAGCACAGUAUAAUGACAUACCUUCCCCUCUUAGCAACGCGGAGAAGCUCGCUGAAAGUUCCCGCAGAGAGGAAGAGCUGCGCAGAGAGAGGGAAAGGGAGAGAGACGAGGCUUCGAAGGCAUAUCAUGAGCGGGAAUCCAGGAUGCCGAUGACUGCGCAACAGCGAAAAGAGAUACAGAGGAAGCCACUAACAGACAUAUUUGAACAAGAAUCCCAAUUAAUUCAUCCAGAACCGAAGCUUCCUACAUUGGACACUGCUGCAUUAAAUGCAAAGUGGAAGGCUGCACAAGCUGCUAGACAAAAAGAUGUGCCUUCGCAAAAAUGGCAAGAUAUUCCACCGGAGAGUAAAAAGGCACAAUCUAACGUCUUUGUGGACAGUGAUGAAGAUGAUGAUAAUGAAUUAGAAGAAAGAUUGCAACGCGCGGCUCUUGAAAAAUCCCUGAAUAUACGGAAGCAAAUGCAACGUGAACUUGCUGAAAAACGAGCAGUGCCACCGCAACCUGCACCGACACCACCACCACCACUGCCCAAAGAGCCUCCGAUGCCGAAGCAAGCGCCUGUCAAGUAUCCUACGCCGCAACCACAGAAUAAAUUCCAAUCGUACAAGGAUCCUGCUAUGUCUGUGUCACAGAACACGCCAACCAAAUUUGGCUCUAGCAAUAAUUUGGGCGGCAAGUUUCAACCGAUUGGUCAGAACAGCGGAACUGGACAUCCGCCGGAACCACCGCGUCCUCCGCCAACGGCAAAGAACCAGAGUCAAGCCAAAGGCCCAAGAACCGAUUCCGAUAGCGAAACCGAACGAGGUCAUCGACAGACACCGAAGAAACGUGACUCGAGCGGCAGGGGCGGUAUGAAUAAGCGUAUGAGCAGAGAUCGUCCAGCGAAACGUUCGCGCAGUCGAUCUCGCAGUGCCUCCAGUUCAGGCUCUUCUCGAUCACGAUCUGCGAGACGGAGCCGCUCACGUUCGUAUUCGAAUCGACGAUCUGGUAGUUACGAAAGAAAAUAUAGUAGAUCUCCUUCGGGUACCUACAGCAGAUCACGAUCCCGAUCAAGAUCCAGAUCAUAUACAAGAAGUCGUAGCCGUAGCAGAUCAGGCGAUCGAGGUUAUUAUCGCAAAAGGCAAUUCCGACCGUAUAAUAACCGUGGCACAUAUUACAAACCACGUUUCCAAGGCUUCAACAAUCCGAAUCAUCGCGGUGGCGGUAACAAUUUCCAAAAUCGAAACCGCUUCUAUAAUAAUCAGCAUAAUAAUCGUUUUGGUAAUCGUCGUGGCGGUAAUUUCAACAAUCGCGGUGGUCGUGGUGGUCGUGGCAAUCGUGGUGGUAGAUUCUUUCACAACAAACAAAACUUCCGCGAUUUCCGUGAUAGACGGGACUUCAGGGAUCGCCGUGCUUCAUCGCGCGAUCGAUACAGCGAUCGCAGCUAUUCACCUGAUCCGAUGAGGAAGGUCGACGAAGCGAAGGAGAAGAUCAACAAGAUGCUGGAGGGAGGUGAUGACGUGGAGCAUCAACAAGGUGGCAGUGGCGGCUCAACCGUACCACCUAACAAGAGACAAGCUGGACCCUUGAGCGAAGGAGAAGAGAGAGACGACGAUGACUAUGAAAGAUGGGGAGAGGGAGAGGGGGGCGAUGCAGCCAGCACCAAGAAUGAAGGGGUCGAACCAGUUGACGAUAACCUGGAAGGCAAGGAGUACUUCAUUGAGCGCAUGAAACAGCGAAGCAAGAACGUUUUAAUGCAGAGAGCCAUUGCAGCUAAGAUUUGGUAGUUAUGAUUAUCAUCACCGGUCGCUGCUUCUCUGAUUCUCUGUGAUAUAGUUGCUUUCCUUACAUCGCCCCUCGAACUCAACUCAACAGAUAGUCGACCGAUUGCCGUGAGAUAUACCGAGACACUCUCGUAGUUUUAGUGGCGCGAUCCCUUCUAUUAUAUCACAGACUACAAUUGUAUUUCUAAUGAAAAUAAUGUCAAAAAAAUUCCAUUUUCAAAUAUAACUAAUUUUUUGUUUUCAAUGAUUUAAACUUAGUAUAAUAAACGUAAGGGUCGGAUUAACUGAUGUACGUAAUUAAUUAACGAUCAUACGUAUAAUUAUGACUUAGUUUACGGACGAAUAUACUGGUAAAUCGAUGCUUCGCAAAAUAAUUCCCAAGAUUGGAAUUUUAAAAUAAAAAAAAAAAUUAUAUAAGUCGUAAAUAGUUAGUCGAUAAUAGUUAUUGAUAUAUUUACCUUGUAUAAUAUCUAAUUAAUCGUUUGUUGUCAGUUCAUUAACAUGUAUUCAAUUAAGAGGCUAUACAUGUAAUCAGCGCGAGUGGCUUUUUAUUGUCAUUGUCAAAAUCUAUUUUUUUCCUCCCCUCGAUGGUGUUACACAUUUAUGUUGGAAACAUUUCGGAGAAAGUUAAAGUAAAAAAAAUCUCCCGAAAGAGGAAUACCAUCUAUUCCCGCUAGAUUAUUUAGAAAAUUUUCCGUAAAAUCUAAUAGAGGCCAUCAUUUUCGUAUAUUUAUUUGAUAUUUAGCAGCAAAAUUUUCAUUUUAUCAUUUUUAUUUGAUUCUCAUAAUGAAAUAAUCUUUGUUGUAAUUAGAGACAAAAUCAGUAACGCAAUCCUCGAUAGGCUUUACCAGAAAAUGUUGACAUCCGGAUUAUUGAGCUCAUUAUUGUUUACUUUGAACUGUAAUACGGGCGAUUCUAUUAUAUAAAAUACUUAUGUAUGUUGUAUUGUAAAUGAGUUGGCUGUACAAUUGAAAGUCUCAUAAAUAUAUAAUACAAACUUGC